UAGACCAGUUCACUUGAAGGUGGAAGUUUGUUUGUUUGUCGCUGGAUCAGCAGGUGGCUUUGUACCGGUGAUGCGCUUAAUCCCAAAGAGACAAAGUUUUAUCACACAGACGCAGGAAAUUGCUGAUUAAAAGAGAAAAAAAAAGUUUUUGGUUGAAGGUUGUUUUUGGAACAAAACUUUUUUUUUGUUUUCUUGUUUUGAACUCAGUUGGACAUGGCAGAAGGAGACUUCUACACUAUGGGAAGCCGGCAGAGGUUUCCCAGGGAUCCGUUUGGAGAAUCGCCGUUCAGGGAUCAGUCUCCGUUCAGAGAUCAGCUCACAUCUCGGUUUAUGGACGAAGACUUUGGGAUGCCACCUUUCCCCGAUGAUCUGGCGAUGGACUGGCCGGGCUGGGCGAGGCCGGGCAGGCUAAGUACGCGCCUCAGCCCCUCGCCUUUCAGCAGCACUUUACGCUCAGGUUUCCCCCCGCGCCAGUCCACGGGAGGCCCCACGCUCUACACCAGCAGGUACGGGGAGCCCUCCUCCCGGAGCUCCCCCACCACCACCGGCGGGGAGCCCUGGAAAGUUUGCGUGAACGUCCACAGCUUCAAACCAGAGGAAUUACACGUCAAAACGAGAGACGGGUUUGUAGAAGUGUCAGGGAAACAUGAAGAGAAGCAGGAAGAAGGAGGCAUAGUGACAAAGAAUUUCACAAAGAAGAUACAGAUCCCGAUAGAUGUGGACCCUCUGACAGUCUUCGCAUCCUUGUCCCCCGAAGGCGUCCUCAUCAUCGAAGCUCGGCAGACGCCUCCAUAUUACCUGUUCAGCGAUGAGGGCUCCCAGGGUGGCGAAACGCAGGAGGUGGAGGUCCCCAAACCCCAAGAGGCACCCAUGGUCUAAAUCCCAACCUUCUGACUAACAGAUCACCCUACACAAUCAGUUACAAGUUUGAUUUCAGCUUCAUGUUGUUACAAACCUGGAAUUAAAUUGUUCAAAAUACACUAGGAGAUAGGUAAGUCUCAUUGUUUAUGUUAAAGCUGCACCAAGCACAACUUUUUUAUGUAGUAAAUACACAUUUUUACAAACGUUAACAAUGAAGAACCUCAUCUUUCCACUUAUGGAGACACCAGAGAUUUGCCUAAAUUAAAUUCUGAUUCACUUCUCGUUAGGGCUGCAGCUAACAGUUAUUUUCCUUACUGAUUAAGCGCUGAUUAUUUUUUCAGUUAAUUGUUUUAAAAAGUACCAUUACUUCUUCCCAAAGCCUGAGGUCACAUCUUCAUAUACCUUUUUUUUGGUGAGGCGAACUGUGCAAAAAGAUAUUUCAUUUACUGCUACAGAAGAUGCAAACAAAGAUUCACAAAGAGAAAAUAAAACUGGUGCAUUUUUGGCAUUUUUUAACACUAUUAUUAUCAGUAAGUUAAUAUAUGUGAAAGAAUCAGUUUAUAUUUGUAUUUAUAUUAACAUAACAUUACAUACACAUGUGAUUUCUUUGGUUUAAAAAAAUGGCAAACGUGCCUUUAUUUACUCGGGUGCCUUGACUUCCUUCAUUUAUACUGCUGUUUAUCCCUUUAGUUAAUGAAUGUCAACUAAACUGACAAGAAACGCAAGGUUUGUGGCUUCAGUAGAGGGUGAAUUGUGUGCAUUAAUACUGUAUUCUACCAAAGUGUAUUGUAAAUAUGUACCAAUUCAUUAUAAAUAUUAAACUGAAGUGUUCCAGGUUUUGCAAUAUGGUGUGAAUUUAUCUUUUCUAUUUGAGCAUUCAGAAAGAUGGCUGCAUGAUUGUUGGAGCGGACGGACUGACGUGUUUGCCAAAGAUGUUUGUUUCCGGCCUUCUUUUCUGUUGAUGCCUUUUUAUUGGCUGAUGCAAUAAAAAUGUCCAGCCAAUCUCUCA